AUGUCCGAUACGCAUACGCAACAUGUGCAGAUAACAGAGCCAAAUGCCGUGAAUACUUUGUCUACACCAUCCAAAAGAGGUCACCGUCAUCGCAGGUCAUUGGCCAUAUCAGGAGACUUUGAUUUUUUGAACCAUUCUGUAGCAUUUGCGAAUUUGCCACCUCCACAACCACUUGAAAAUUAUCCUGCAACCGCUCCUACUGCCGUAUUGAAUACCUUAUCACCAACACGCUAUAGCAGAUUCACCUUUCAAUCGAAUGAAGACGCGGGAACGUUAGAUUUGCCUGAACCAAGAUUUUAUCCGGUGUCACCAAGGAAUUAUAUGCAAACACCAAGUCCUCGUUUUUUCAUUAGCGAAGAGCCAAGUUACUCAUCACCGGUCAAAGGCGUUCCUGAUGCAAUAAUUAAUCUCGAUGACGCAUUGAAGACAAGGCCCAGGUCAUUCAAAUCACAUAGAAGGUCCGAAUCUGCACCUCCCGACUUGGAGGUUAUGAUUGGUAAGAGAAACUGUACACCUAACUCCAAUUCUAUGAUUAAGGAAGAGGAGGAUUCUCUAAAUGAAUUAGAAUCAAGAAAUGACUCGAACAAGCAAGAACUACCGGCAGCGUUAUUAUCUCCACUUCGGCCUGCCCUUUGUACAUCUGAACAGGCUAUUGAAAUAGACGAUUCGACCCUUAAUGGAUCCCCAACUCAUCAUAAUCAUGGCACUCAAAACUUUAGUCCACGGAACUCCAAUAAAUUCAAUUCAUUAAAGAUCAAAGGCCAAAAGCAAAGGUAUUAUCACUAUACGAAACAGUUACCCUUGACUGCGGGUUCUGAUACACAAUCUCCAAAAGAUCAAACAUCAGCGGCGUCAACAGCAAUCAAUCAGGCAAUGACACCUUCUUCCCUAGCAUAUACACCUUCAAAACUAUUGUCUACGCCAGCGACAUCGAUAUCUUUUUAUGACAACAAUAUAGACGUUAAUUUGGAAAAUGGCAAUCGUACUACUGGGCUUGAAGAUACCUCUAGAUAUGCGAAGGAUAAUUUUUCAAAAAAGUGUGGAACGUCACAGCUCAAUCACGUAUUGGAUACUGAUAAAAGGCAGGAGUUUAGCGGAGAUGCAAGAAGAAGAAGAUCAGGCAGUCCUAUUUCCCAUAUGCAACACUGCAACAUAAUCGAUAAUGUGAAAGCGAGACGAAAUAGCAACACGAUAAACUCAACUUUCAACUACGAGAGUAAACACUAUGAAAUUCCUUAUGAUGAUAUGAUGAAAAAUGACAGCAAUAAAAGUGAUCCCGGAGAAAAUAUUUUGAAAGAAAGUUAUGGACCAUUUCAACAUUCUUCCGUCAAAUCCUGCACGCCUGAUGACAGGGAAGUAAUUAGUACCUUUGAAAGUAAUGGCAGUAGUGGAUACUGCAAAAAUAAAGGACAAGUGAAGACACACUCUCAACUUAGUAAGGAUAUUCUCCUGGGCGAACCAGGCGACAUGGUUGAUUUGUCUUCAUUAAUGACCUCACCGAGAAAAUCAUCGGAUGAAACUGGCGAUUUGGCCUUCAAUUUAUCCCAAGAUGAGAGGUAUGAUACAAAUCACGCACGAAACCCCACUCAUGUGAACAAUAGCGCAGUAACAAGUGAUGAAAGCUGGAGUGUUAGCGAUAAUGCAUUGGGAAAGAAAGGGCAAGGUAGUGAAGUUAAAAGGAAAAAAAAAUCCAAAUUAGGACUUUUCAGACAUAUUUUUUCAAGGAAGUAA